ACAUGAUUCAGGAAGAAAAAGGGUACACUGUUAUGGCGUAAAGCAUAAAGCUAUUACUCAAGAAGCAGAGAGAGAGAGAGAGAGAGAAUUUGUCCAAGAAAAAAAAAACAACUACACCCAUGAUAUGUGGUCUUCAUUCAGCCGGAGAAAAUGGAUAAAUGGAUAACGUCAACCAGAAGAAAGUAGAAAGAAGGAGUGACGGUAAUUUCCCUGUAUAUAUUCCUCGCUACUUCCAAAGAGGAUGCAAGUCUUUCAUUUUGCGUGGGAAUGGGAAUGAGAAUGGCCAAUUUGUUUAUCUAUUUGACGGAGGGCGUUUACACACAAUGUUUUUUAUUUAAGUGGGCGCUUGCACUUUUUCUCCAUUUCAGAUUCUCAAAUAUCAGAUUCUCUUCGUAUUGAGGAGGGUUCUUGCCUUUCUUUAAUCGUUUCUCCAGGAUGAUAUGAUAUGCCGGGGAUUGUAAUUUCACUUUGUUGGAAGAUGAUGAGAGGUUUUGCUCUGAUCAAGCUUGCUUAGUUUGUGGUGUGUUUCUGUUGAGAGGGUUCCGGCUGCCCUUUGUUCGAUCAUCUGUCCAGCUGCUUUAUUCUCAGUGUGUUCCUGUUUCGUCCUCUACUUGGGAAAUUAACGGGGAGCUCAAUAGACAUAUAUUAAUUGAUGGGGACUGAAUUACCCUCCUCCUCAUUUGCCUCUUCUUCAAACACACAAUGGACAUAUGACGUUUUUCUCAGUUUCCGAGGUGAGGAUACUCGUAAGAGCUUUACAGAUCAUCUAUAUGCUGCUCUAGACCAAGAAGGUAUUUUCGUCUUUAGGGAUGAUGAAGAGCUUGAUAGAGGACAACCCAUUUCAUCAAAACUCCUGGAAGCAAUACAAGUUUCAAGAAUCGCGCUUGUUGUUAUCUCGAGAAACUAUGCUUCUUCGAAGUGGUGUUUGGAUGAACUCACUACAAUUGUUGAGUGCAUGGAGGAUAGGGGGCAGAUAGUGUUUCCAAUUUUCUAUGAUGUAGAUCCAUGCGAGGUAAGGAAACAGACCGGAUGGUUUGGACAAGCCUUUGCUGUACAUGAAGAGUGCUUCAAGGAUGACUUGGAGAAAGACAAGGCGCAAAAGUGGAGAGCUGCUUUGACUCGAGUGGCCAAUCUCUCCGGAUUUCAUUUAUGCGAUAGGUAUGAGUCAAAGUUUAUCCAAGAGAUUAUGGGAAAGAUAGUAAAUGAGUUGAGCGGUACAAUCCAACAGCCUCAUUCGGAUGAUCUUGGACUUGUGGGAAUUGACUUUGGUGUUGAGGAAAUAAUGAAGUUAUGUUCAGCUACAGAUCAAGGGAAUGAUGUUGUCUUUGUAGGUAUAUGGGGAAUGGGUGGGGUUGGCAAGACAACUCUUGCACAAGCUUUUUAUGAUAAAAUCUCUGAUCAAUUUCGAGAUAAAUGCUUUCUGAAAAAUGUUAGAGAGAUUUCUAGACGAGACAGUAUUGUUGCAUUAACAAAAGAUCUCCUUUGCAAUGUCUUAAAAAGGAUGGCUGUGUAUGAUAGUGAGAUAAGGUAUAGAUUUCGUCGUAAAAAAGUUCUCAUCAUUCUGGAUGAUGUAGAUAAGUUGGAACAAUUGCAAGCAUUAGCUGGAAGCAAGAAUUGGUUUGGUCGAGGGAGUAGAAUCAUUAUAACAACCAGGGACAAACAAUUGUUGAUUGCUCAUCAUGUGGAUAGAUGUUUCAAGGUCAAGGAAUUGGAAAGGGAUGAUGGCCUUAAGCUUUUCAGUUGGAAAGCCUUCAAGAAUGAUCAACCCCCAAAAGAUUAUAUAGAGUUAUCCCAUAACUUUGUAAAUUAUUGUAAGGGCCUUCCUUUAGCUAUUGAAGUUUUGGGUUCUUUCUUGUGUGGUCGAAGCCUUAAAGAAUGGGAAAGUGCCUUUAGUAGAAUACAAGAAAAUCUAGACAAAGAUAUCAUGUCUGCACUCAGAAUCAGUUUUGAUGGAUUGCAUGAGAAGGAGAAGCAAAUAUUUUUAGAUAUUGCAUGUUUCUUCAAAGGACAGGACAGAGAUGAGGUGACAAUAUUGUUGGAGGGUUUUGGUUUUGACCCAAUCAUUGGUAUAAGUGCUCUCAUUCGAAAAUCCCUCAUCACUAUAGUAGGGAGUAAAUUGUGGAUGCAUGAUUUGCUUCAGGAAAUGGGUUGGGAACUUGUUCGUGGGGAAUGUCACAAUGAACCUGGGAAUCGUAGUAGAUUAUGGCAACCGGCUGAUGUGCUUGAUUUACUGAAGAAUCAUAAGGGAUCAGAUGCAAUUCAAGGGAUGGUCCUUAGCUUGCCUCAAGAACAGAAGAAAGAAUUGAAACGUGACACCUUGUCAAACAUGAAAAAAUUGAGAUAUCUUAAAAUAUCUAAUGUGCUCCUUCCUCUUGGCCUCGAUUAUCUAUCUACUGAGUUAAGAGCUCUCGAAUGGCAUGGAUAUCCUUCAAAGUUGUUGCCAAGAGCUUUCCCAUCUGAGAAGCUUGUUCACCUCAACCUGUGUGGCAGCCAUAUCAAACAUCUAUGGAAAGGAUUCAAGUGUUUAGAUAAGUUAAAAUCAAUUGAUUUGAAGGACUCUGAAAGUUUGAUUGAGACACCAGACUUCAGGGGUGUCCCAAAUCUUGAGAGGCUGAUUCUUGAAGGUUGCACAAAAUUAUCUAAGGUUCAUCCGUCCAUUUGCAAUCUCAAACACCUUAGAUUAUUGAAUAUGAAAAACUGUGAAAGCCUUCGGAUAACUUCAUGGGACAUCAGUUUGGAAUCUCUCGAAAUUUUCAAUCUUUCGGGCUGUGCACGACUCAAGAGAUUUCCAGAGAUUGUGGGAGAUAUGAAAUGCUUGUCUAAAAUUUAUUUAGAUGGGAGUGCUGUAGAGGAAUUACCAGUGUCGAUUGAGCGUCUGACUGGUCUUACAUUGUUGGAUAUGGCUCAUUGCAAAAAUAUUUUGAGAAUUCCUAGUGUCAUUUCUAGUUUGACGAGACUUAAAACAGUCAUUCUAUCAGGCUGCUCUAAUCUUAUUGAAAUUCCCGAGAGUAUUGGGAAUGUGGAAUGUCUUGAAGAGUUGGAUAUAAGUGGAACUGCUAUAAGGCAAAUGCCAAGAUCCAUUGUGUAUCUCAAAAACCUCAAAGAGUUAUCCUGCUCCGGGUGCAGUGGUCAAGUUUCUACAUCACUGCUCUUUCCCUGUCUUCCAGAACUAUGCCCUGGACCGAACUUGUUGUUACCUGCUUCAUUGUCUGGUUUUAGCUCUUUAAUAUCUUUGAAUUUAAAUUACUGCGAUCUGAUUGAUGGAGCUCUCCCUAAUCAUUUGGACCACAUGUCAUCAUUGGUGGAGUUGAAGUUACGGGGAAACAAUUUUACAAGCAUACCUGAAAGUAUUUGCCGACUUUCUAAGCUUGUAAAACUUGAGUUGGGUGGCUGUAACCUGUUGCAGUCAUUGCCAAAGCUUCCAUUGAGUAUAAAAUCGGUUGGGGCAACUGGUUGUAUGUCACUUAAAAGUGAUUCUGAUCAGUAUGAAAUAUUUUGUGCUGGUGAAGAAAAUGUUUGGAUUAAGAAGCGCACAACAUCAACUAUAUAUUUCAUUAACAUUUCGUGUUCACAAUUUGCAGCAUGGCUGAACAAAUUCCAUGAGGUUAAUGAGGUAGAGACAAGUCUACCGGUGAGAACUGCAUAUGGUUUAUCAAUUAGAACUCAAGAAAUUCCAAAGUGGUUCAACAACAGAAGCAGCAACUGUUCUAUAACAAUCCCGCUUUCAAAGGACCUAAUUAAUAACAGUAGGCUAUGGAUGGGAUGUGCUUUCUAUGUUGGCUUGGAAUUUGAUGAGAAUUUUGAUACCAGCUGUUCUGAUUUCAAAGUCAGGCACAAGUUUGAUUGUUAUUUUGAUACCAUGGAAGGUCCUGGUUACAAACAAACUCUAUACCACGAGGUAAAUGCCAAAGGUGUCCAUUUGACUGGGUCAUUUGGAUAUUGGAUAAUAAUACCGCAUCUGUGGUUUUCAACUAGGUUGAAUGCCUUCAAUCAGUGCAGUAGCAUCGAGGCAAACACUACAAUUGAUAGCCCAUGUGUGGAGGUUAAAAUGAGUGGUGCCCGUCUACUCUACAAUAGAACAGAUUUUAUAAAGUUUAUCCAAGCAACAAGAAGCGAGAAUCGUAAUUCAAGAAUUAUGCAGAAUAACAGUCUCUCUGUAAGUCUGUUGGCUGAGGAUGGUCGCUGCAAAAUUGACCCGAGCAUUUCGUUGAAAGAACAUCUUAGCUUUCUUCCUUCAGAUUUAGAAUGCUAUGAGGGGGUAGGUGUUGGGAUACCCAAGUACUACCUUAUUGAAGGCAGAGUCUUUCAUCCUCAGACCUCGUCUCUGUUAGGAGAAAUCCUGCAGAUAUAUUCUGGUCAGCACUACGUGUUUUAUAAAGAAACUUUUCCUCAGUAUGGAAUUCCAGAAUGGUUCUGUAGUGUGAAUGGUUCCUCGGCAGCCUUCCCGCUAAAUCCUAAGAAUGGGUGGAAAGGAAUAGCUGCAUGUGCCGUUUUCACAGUCCCUGACAAUUUGGAUCCUGAAACGCCUCACAUAGGCUGUCGUUGGGAAAUUGGCCAUCAGAGUGGCGGAAUAAUUGGAGGCGUCACUGAAUCUCUGAUUAGUUUGAAGGUUCGUGGUUUCAUGGCUAUGUUUUAUGCAUCACGUGGGUCACUUUCACAUCAUAUGUCAAAUGAUUACACUUCCAUCAUCAAAGCCAGGUUCUAUAGUACCAGCAAGAACAUAACGGUGCAGAGUUGUGGGUAUCAACUUGUAUCUCAUGAAAAUAUGGAAGAAUUUAUGGAAACAAUGCUGCAAUGUUCAAUCACAUCUCAGACUUCGCAGUUGUCAAAAGAUACGAGUAUAGAAGAAAAUAGGCCUACAGCUAGUCGUCUAAAAAUAGAAAAGGAGAAAAAGAAGUCUUCCGGGAGAUCGAUUUGUUGCAUCUCGUGAGCAGGUGUAUAAAUUAACUAAUCUCGAUAUCAUUUUUUGGGUAUUGUCAGAGUCUCAGUUGUUGUUUGUCGGCUUGACUUGAUGGGCUUGGCCCAAGUUGGUAUCCCUCUGUGGAAGACCGUGUGAGCUGCAUGUGCAAGGUUUAUUGCACAUAUGUAGUAAUGUCGAUAUGUCUUUGAAAAGGGCCGUCAUGGAUGAUUAGAAGAAGAUGAACAAAUUGAAGCCAUCCCAGAAUACUCAUAGACCCUCUUCCUCUCCUUGUUGGUGACUUAGCUAAUCCAUAAUUGAAGCUUCUUGAGUUUAGGUAUUUGUGUUGCUUUGUAUUGUAUAUGAGAAGUAAGUAUUUUUCGUCUUCUCUAUUUGAAUCAAGAGAGAGUUAAUAGGUUUUAGUGUAGUGGAGAUUUGGGUAGAGAGAGUUGCUCAUAAACUCUAGUUGUAUAUUUUUUCAUAUUGAUCAUAGUGGAAUAUCUUGCCGGCUCCGAAA